AUGGAACAGCACAUUCGCCUUGCGCAACGGCUACAUCCCCGUCUACUGAACUUCUUCACAAAGUUCCCUCCACCACUGAUAGCCGGCACAGCAACAACAGCGCGGACGAUACCGAGCAACGAGAAGACCAUCACCAUCGCAGAAAACACAUCAUCUAUAGACCCCAACGCCGGCGCGUCGACGACCACUGCAACAGUCUCUUCUUCAGAACCCGAAGCGCAUUCAGAUCUCUUCUCCAAGCCCUACCGCAAUCCUUUCCUACCCUUCAAAAACCCCCAAACCGGCAACUGGCAUGGCCCGCAAAUUUCCCUCCGGCGGCAGGCAGAUCUGUUCAAGCUGGCGGUGGAACACAACGUGCUGUCGUUGAUGCCCUUGGGCCCAAAGCAUCCUGAGGUGAAAGAGCAGAAGCGCAUUGAGAAUGGAUUGAGGGUGCAGGGGACGGGGAUUGGAAAGAAGGUCAAGGGCAAACACUGGGAACGAGCGUUGAGAGGGAAGCUAGAAGGCAGGAGACAGGCUAUGGAGGGCAUGCCGGAGAUGAUACGGCAGUGGAAGGAGAGGGGACAUGGGAGAGGUUGGAAGAAGUGGCCCAAGUAA